UCUUCUGUCGCCCUCGGUCGGAGACCGGAACUUGCUAGACCUGCUAGAACGAUGCUAGAAUACCAACAGUCUCGCUCUUUGCUACCCAUUCGAAGUUGAUACCUUGGCGUCGAAUUUUCAACCUCUCGCUCAUUCUUCAGCAUGGAAAACCCCCAUCCGGUCCGGGCUCUGUUGCACGUUCUGCAGCAUGCUCCUCGUUCAGCUUCAACUAGUUCUCGGUCAGAGCUUUGCGCUAAUUCCUGGAACCAACCCUGGAACUCCAGCGCGUCGUAUUCGAGAGCAUCAACCUGUUUCUGCCUUCCUGUCUCGAGCGUCUGUUACUUCUCUCUCUUUCUCUCUCGAAUGCAGUUUAGUUUCCGGCCAGUGCCGAGACUAUCCCUAUCCAGAGACUCGUCGUCAGCAGACCGUUGAGCUGGAUCCCGGCAAGAUUCCGAUACAGGCGAAAUGCGAAAAGUGGGACGCAAACCGUCCUCUUUCCGUACUUGGCAAUGUAAACAUACCAUCCACCAGCGGCCGGGUAUAUAUCUUUUUCUCUGCUUGCCACUGAAGACGAAGCAAAAUAUAGUGACUUGUUGUAUUUUACUUGAGAACAAUACGAACAGACGAUGACUUACUGUAUGCUAGCAAUCACUGACGUGAAUAUAUAUGCACAAAUUAAUUUUAUUUAACAGCACUCCAAAGUAUGCAUCCCU